CAACUACUAUAAUACGGACAACGCUUUAUGAGAUCCUCGUUCUCUGAGAAAGAUAUUGUUAUAGUAAUAGGAUUUAUUUUUGAUUUUAAAUCGAAAUAUUGGUCAAUCAAAACGUCAAAAGUACUCAAACACCAGUUAAUCACAAUUGUGCUCGCAAUACAAGCCAUCUCCUCUCCCCCCAAAACAAAAUGUCAACCUCCACCAAACCCCCCACCGGCGCAGGCGCCUCCACCAACGCGCCCGGCGAACGCACCUACUUCGAGGCCCAGCGCGCCGCUCUCCUCGGUGAAAUCGGCGUCAGCCUCGAGCACGUCCUCGCGAACAUCAAUAAACUUAAUCGCUCGCUGGAGGGUGUUAUAGCAGUCGGGAAUGAGUUUGGGUCUGUGGAGGCGCUGUGGAGUCAGUUUGAGAAUGUGAUGGGGCAUGAGCCGGUGGUGAAUGAGGGGAAGAGUGAGGAGGGGGGGAGUGAGGGGGAUUAUGAGGAAGGGGAGGGGGAGGGGAGUGAGGUUGAUGAGUCGAGGGUUUGA